UUUUUGGUGGUUGCUUUAGAUGAUUGAUGAUCAGGACCUCGGUUUCUUUGCCAAUUUUCUUGGCAUCUUUAUUUUUGCACUGGUGAUCGCAUAUCACUACGUCAUGGCUGAUCCAAAAUAUGAAGGCAACUGAGGGUUUCUUUAUUGUCUGCAGCAGAUGGAUGUCAUGCCAGCUUUUAGUUUUGCAGGAAGAUAUAUUUUGAGGUAGCUAAAUUCUGUGUUUGCAACAAUGAAGUGUAUCUGGCCUCUUUUAUUAAAUAGACUUAAUUGAAGGCUUUCACUAAAUAUUCUUCUUACUUGUAAUUUACAUACAACUCUCUCUAAGAUGGUGGUGGUGGUGGCUGUUUUGGUCGGGACAUAGCUGUCCUGUUACAAACCAUCUCCAAAAUGAUCCUAGGUUACACAUUUCAAA